AUGGUUGUAGUCUCAGAAGUUAGCAACGGUAUUUGUGGGGUUUACGACAUCUGGCAAUUCUACUGCAAAGCCACCGAUGCACCCGCGGAUAUAGAAGACACUUUCGCCUGGAUCAAUAUUCGUCAGACGCGCUUACAAGGAUGGAUAACAUAUAUCGAAAAAGCAUCCCUUAACGAAGAACAGCUCUUGACGAUUACUACCUCCAUACUACCCAGGGUCAAAGACCAAAUCAGAGCCACAAUAAAUGAGAUCGAAAAGUUCCGAAAUGAUACCAGCGGGAACUUGCAGAAGAAGACCGAAUGGGCUAUUCAGAAGCCUAUCAUGGACAACCGCUUGCGGGCCUUAGACGUGAUCCUGAAUGAGGGCGACGAUUUAUUUCGGCGGCAUUGUCCCGGAUUUCAUGAUAUCGCUGAUGCGCUCUUGCCUCGCGUGCCUGGAAGAAAUUGGCACUCGUUCAAAGACAGAUUUGUUCGUGAAGUGAAGAAUAUCGUGGGGCGGUGGACGAUUUAA